AUGGAUGACAAAUCCUAUUCAACCUUUGCCAAGAGAAAAAAAAAAAAGGUGAAUGGAAAAAUAAAUAAAGAGAAAUUUAAAAAGAAUAUUAUAAAGAAUGAUAAGUAUGUAAAAGUAUCAACAUUAAAUAAAAAUAUUAGUAAGAAAACUUUUUUACAUACUUUAUUUAAAAGUUUUAUUAAGCCAUAUAAUGAGAGGAAUACAGCAUUUUACUCUAUUUUAUGUAUUAUAAAUAAUAUUUAUAAAUGUACUUAUUUUAAUGAACAUCGGUGUUUUAUUUGUAAAUCUUUAUAUGAAGACACAUCGAAGCAAUUAGAAGAAAAAAAAAAUAUUUAUUAUUAUUAUAGUAGCGAUGGGGAUGAUAAUAAUUUCCCUUACAAUAUAUAUUAUAAUAUAAGAAAAAUAAAUUUAAAUGAAUCCAAUAAAACUUCUAAAAAUAGUUCAAAUAGCAAUAAAAUUAUUGUAACAGCAAAUAAAAAUAAUGCAAAGACAUUGAACAGUUUCUUAUUAAAUGAAUGUCCUCUUUUUAGUGACACGAGUAAUUUGGAAUACGCUGAUGAAGAGAGAAAGAAAAAUGAUGGUGCCACAGAAGAUUAUGAUGAAAGUAAAGAAAAUGUAAAAAAUAUGACAAAUGUGGAAAAUUGUAAUAAGGUUAAAAUGAAUGUAACUUUGAGACAUUUUAGUAAUAGUAAUAAAAGUAACAACAUAAAUAAUAAUAAUAAUAAUAAUAAUAAUAAAAGCCAAAACAUAAAUAAUAAUAAUAAUAAUAAUAAUAGUGAGAACCAACUAUGUGCCUGCCCAGUACAAAAUUUUGUUAAUGUAAAAUUAAAUUUUACUAAUUCAAAUCAAUACCAUUUUUUAUCACAUGAAAAAAGUAAUUUUGUAGAUAUAUAUAAUUUUAAAGUGUUUGAUAAAAUAAGUAUGUAUGAUAAGAUAUUAUUAGAUCUUAAUCAAAAUGAGAUUCAUCCGAAUAUAUUAAGGACAGGAAUAUUUUUUAAUAAAUGUUCAAUAACUACACAUAAUCAUAGGAACGUGGAUUUGCUUACAGCUUUAAAAUCAUUUAUUAAAGAUUAUACAUUACCCCCAUAUGAGCCUAUAAAUAAACAUAUGAAAAUUGUAAUAGAUAAAGAAAUAAAUUAUAUUAUUAUGUGUAAAAAACAUAGUGUUAGUAUGGGAGAAGUUAUAAGAUGGUUUAAAAAUAUGAUAUCUGAACAUAUAGGGAAAAAUGUUCUAGAAGAGACUAAAGAAAUUAUAACAAAUAAUAUUAACAAUUAUAUUAGAACAAAAAUAGUUAUACCUUCAAUAAAUAUAUCUAAUUAUGUAUCAAAUCACAUUAUAGAGAAUAAUGAUGUUAUUUUAAUAUAUACAUUUGAUUAUGAUAUAUAUCUUUCAAUAUUAAAAGCAAAAAGAAAUGGGAAAAACUUUGAAAUAAUUUUAGUUGAUUCAGAACCUUAUAAAAAUUCUUAUAAUAUAAAAUUAUAUACCAAAUUAGGAAUAUCAGUUACUUAUACCUUAAUUGGUGGCUUAUUUUAUAAUAUUAGAAGAUGUACAAAAGUGUUAUUAGGUAUUGAUGCAAUUAUACAUAAUAGCGUUUAUGGGCAUGUAGGUACUAGUAUCAUUUGUAUGAUGUCUAAUAUAAAUAAUGUAGAUGUAUAUAUUGUUUGUGAAACUUAUAAAAUAAGUAAUAAAAUACUUAUUGAUAGUUUCAGUAUGAAUAAUAUAAAUAAUAAUCUAGAUAUAUAUGAUUAUAUGUAUAUGCAUCAUUAUCAUCAUCAUUCUAAUCCCCAUAAAUGUGAUCAUAAGUGUAAUAAAAAUGUAGAGGGAGGUACCAACUUUAAUAAAAAAUUAAAUAACUUUAUACAUUCUUAUUCUGAUAUAAAGACAAACAAUAUUUUAUUUAAUAAUAUAAAUACAAAAUAUAAAAAACCGACCGUUAGAUAUGUUUCGACCUCCGUAUCUGCUAUUGCAUUGAAAAAAAAAGCAGUAACUAAAAAGAAAAAAAAGAAAAAGGAAGAAUGGGAAGGGGAUGAAGUUAGGGCAGUAAAUGAGGACAAGAAAGUUAAAGACUUGAAUGAUGUGAAGAAGGAAGACGUGAAAAAGGAAGAUGUAAAAAAUGAAGAUGUAAAAAAUGAAGAUGUAAAAAAUGAAGAUGUAAAAAAUGAAGAUGUAAAAAAUGAAGAUGUAAAAAAUGAAGAUGUAAAAAAUGUGAAAGAGGUAAAAAAAAUGAACGACAUAAAAGAACAAAGAGAGCAACUUGAGGAUGAAUUAAAAAGUUCAAACAAAACUUUAUUUAACAAAUGUACUGCCUCUUUAGAAGACCAAACGAGAGAAAAUCUAAAAGAAAAGGAAUCACAAAAAUUAUAUAUUAAAUACUCAAAUGAGCGAAUUACUAAUGAAAUGAAAAUGCAAUAUGAAAGUAAGAUAGAACAUUGUGAUAAUUACAAAUCAUCUUCUUAUACACGUCAUAUAGAAACAACCAAAUUACAUGAAUCUACAGAUACAUUAGUAAAAUGCGAAAAUGCUACUAAUAAUAGCGAAUCAAAUAUAACAUGCUUUACUAAAAACGUUAAAGAAGAAAAAACAAAUAUAACAGAUGUACAAGAAAAACAUGUUUGUCAAAUGAAUAACAUAAAUGAUGUAGAAAUGGAAAAAAAAAAGUUGAAAACAAAAGAAGAAAAAAUAUCCUUAAAUUAUGUUAAAGAAGUUAACACUGUUAGUAGUAAUAGUACAUUUACUACUGGAUCAACAAAAAGUAUCUUAAAACAACAAACAUAUUUAUCUCAUGAAAUAAAAAAUGAAAAAACUAUGGUAAAGAUCAAUUAUAAAAAUAUAUCUCAAACUAUAUCAUCUGAUAAUAAUAAUAAUAAUAAUAAUAAUAAUAGUAAAGUGAUUAAUAAAAAAAAUAAGGUAUUUUUUAAUUUAAAGAAUGAUAGAAAUAAUUUUGAACAAAGUACGUAUUCCUUAAAUUUCAAAAAUCAUUUUGAUAUUAAAUCAAGUAAUAUAAAUACAUCAACAGAUCAAAAUAUCAAUGAAAGUGAUAAGGAUCAAAUGUGCUGUAAUGAUAUUUGCCAUUCCAUCUGUAAGUCUAUUGGAAAUGUGAAUAUAAAAAAUGUUUGUACUGAUAAACAUAAUGAUACUAAUUUAUUUACAUCUGUAUUCUCACAUAUAAAUAAAAUUAAUUCAAAUAAUGAUAAAUCUUUUUAUGUAGCAAAUAUAUGUAAUGAUGUUACCCCUCUCAAAUAUAUUAAUUAUAUUGUGACCGAAGUGGGUCUUUAUACAAGUUCAAAUAAAAAUGCUUUAAAUGCUUUUAUUCAUAAUAAUAUAUAA